UUUUCGGCAGUGGAGCAUAAAGUAUUUUCCUUGGCAUGCUCUUGCGUGCAGGGGUAGUCGCAAAAAGAAAAAGAAAAAGAAAAAGAAAAAGAAAAAGAAAUUCAAUACUGCAAGUCAAACGUCGUACAUUUGUUCUUUUUUUGAUCUGUGUGUAUAGCUUCCAACUUUAGAUUUCAUGAAAUAUAUGGAUAUCCAUAGCUGAUAAUAAUUGCAAACACCUAUACGAAUCACAGUAAUCUUGUCUAAACUCGCCUCUUGAGUAUUUUUUUACCCAAAAUUUACUCAAUCAACUGCAAGCAAAUUGGCAAUUCAGCUACAAGGUCUCCGAUAACCUCUGUUGUCCGUAGUUCUUCAUCCCGAGCUGUUUUUUCAUCGCUUUCUAAAUGAAUCAAAGUUUGUUUUCUUCACUUUUUGCGUUUUGAUCUUUCCUUCGAGUAUCUGCUCUUUCAGGGUUUGGCUUCAUCUGGGUUUAGCUUCUUUUCAAUGUUUUUGCGCAAGUUUUGAGUUUUUCUCGAGUGGAGUGACUUUGUGUAAUUAGUUUCUUUGGUUACUGUCCCCCCCCCCCCCCCCUUUUUUUUUUUUUUUGUCACAGCUCUUGACCAUAUCUGUUCUGUUUUGUUAUCUGGUUUUUCUUUUAAAACAAUUUUUUUAAUUACCAUACCCUGGUUUUAUGACUUCUGUCUGAUUAAAGAAGGCUAUCUAUUUAUGGCUAUUUUUAGUGAACAAUAUUCUUGUGUGGCCAUUCCUUCGAAUUUGAUACUCUCAUACUGUCAAUUCCAUGUUUCUUGAUAAAUUGAAGUGCUUGCUCGGCUUAACUAGGGACGUUUUGAUCCAAAAUCAUGGAAAAUGCCAUUGAAACGACAUCUUCUUUUAGUUUUGAUUCAUCUUCUUAUUUAUCAAAAGGGCCUAGCAGCCACCGCGUACCAAUCCCAGAUGUUCCCGAGCCUGGUGUAAGCCUUGAAAACUUUAGCUUAAGCAAGCUUAGUGGUAAUCUGGAAAGGCUAUUACUUGAUGGGGAAUAUGAUUACAGCGAUGCAGAAAUUGUUGUUGAGGGCAUCCCUGUAGGUGUCCAUAGGUGUAUAUUGGCUGCUCGUAGUCAGUUCUUUCAUGAGCUUUUUAAGAAGGUAGAUAGUAAUUCGACAAGCGGAGAUAAACCAAGGUACCUCAUGUCUGAUUUGAUGCCUUAUGGUGGGGUUGGAUAUGAAGCCUUUAAUGUUUUUUUACAUUAUUUGUAUACCGGAAAGCACAAGUCGUCUCCGCCAGAAGUGUCACAAUGUGUUUACGACGCUUGUGCCCAUGAUGCUUGCCGCCCUGCUAUUAAUUAUGCAGUGGAAUUGAUGUAUGCCUCUGCCACUUUUCAGAUGAAAGAGCUUGUUUUGCUUUUUCAGCGGCGUCUCCUGAGUUUUAUCGACAAGGCUCUUGAUGAAGAUGUAAUCCCAAUUGUUAUGGCUGCCUUCCACUGCCAGCUAGACCAGCUUCUCUCUCUCUGCAUCGAAAGACUUGUAAGGUCAGAUCUUGAUAGUGUAUGCAUCGACAAGGAGCUCCCUCAUGAAAUUUCAAGUAAGGUUAAAUUACUGCGCAAAAAAUCUCUGGAAGAAGCUGAAAGUAGCGUUGAAGAGGUAGACCCCAUGCGUGAAAAGAGAAUGAGUAGAAUCCACAAGGCUUUGGAGUCAGAUGAUGUUGAACUGGUGCAGCUUCUCUUGAGUGAAUCUAAUUUUACGUUGGAUGAUGCUUAUGCUCUCCAUUACGCUGUUUCCUACUGCGAUCCUAAGGUUGUCAAGGAAGUUCUUGCUUUAGGCUUGGCUGAUCUCAAUCUUAGGAACUCCAGGGGAUAUACAGUACUUCACGUGGCUGCAAGGCGCAAGGAGUCAUCAAUCCUUGUGGCACUACUAGCUAAGGGUGCCCGUGCAUCAGAAAUUACAAUGGAUGGACGAAAUGCAGUUUCAAUCUGGCGUAGUUUGACUAGGCCAAAGGAUUAUAAUGCAAACACCAAGCAAGGCCAGGAAUCUAACAAAGACAGGAUAUGCAUUGAAAUCUUGGAGACAGAGAUGCGUAGGACUUCAAUGUCUGCAAACAUAUCGAUGAUAUCGCCAGAUUUGAACAUGAAGCCGGACGACCUGGAAGAUAGAGUGGCGUUUGCACGAUUGUUUUUUCCUGCUGAGGCCCGGCUAGCUAAGGACAUGGCAAAUGCAGAUUCAACCUCAAUGUACACUGGCCUUCCAGCGUCAAAAUCAAAAGGCUCAAGUGGGGACACAAGGGAGGUUGAUUUGAACGAGACACCUUCUGUUCAAGACAAAAGACUCCAGUUGAGACUACAAGAACUGCGUAAAACAGUGGAGAUGGGACGGCUCUAUUUCCCGCAUUGCUCAGAAGUUCUUGACAAGUUUCUGGAUGACGAUGUGCCUGAUGCUCUCUACCUAGAUAAGGGUACUCCUGCAGAGCAGAAAACCAAGAAGAUGCGCUUCCUGGAACUUAAAGAGGAUGUACAGAUGGCAUUUAACAAGGACAUGGAGAAAAAUAGAUCAGUCCUCUCAUCAUCUUCUUCGUUCUCAUCUUCUCCAAAAAGUGGUGUAACACGCAAGGCUAGGAGGAAGUGCUAGAACUUGCGUUCGCCAUUGUUUUUUUCCCUUCCAAGGAACCCCACGAGGCUUCUUUGAGUUUUUUUUUUAAACGGCGUUCCUCAUCAAUAUCGUUAACAACAAAUUUUCUAGGUUUUCUGUGUAUAGUAGCAUGAACGUUGUAAUAUAUCUCGUAGUGGCUUGAAAAAUCAAUGUAGAAACUUAAGAUCUUUGUGAACAA